AGCCGGCCCUCUUCGCAACAUAGCAGGAGUCUCUCGCCUUGUCUCGCACACUCCAAGGCGGCGCGCCGACGGCAACACACACACGCGUGCACAAACGCACGCUCACACACACACACGCGAGGACGAGCGCGGAGUACCACAGCCACAAGAGGACGGCGUGCACCUGUCCCCCCCACGCCACACACUCGCACGGACUGAGAGGCCCGAACCAGACGUCCUUAUGUGUGGAUGGGACCAAAACCAUAUGGCGACCUCUCAAAGCUCGGCCAUGUUGACCAGUGAGGAGGUGCACACCAUGGAGCAGGACGACGCUCACCACGCCGCCAAGAUGGCCUCAGACGGCGUCCAGCCAGACACAGACAUGGACACGGCAAAUACAACAGACCAGGCCGACAUGACUCGCUGGACCGAGGCCGAGUUUGAGGAGAAGUGCACGUACAUUGUCAAGGAUACCAUGUGGGAGGCGGGGCCGGAGGCGGACCUUAACGCCGCUAAAAGUACUAGCAUCAGGGCACAAGCCUCGUUGCCCCGGAACCUCAUGUUCAAACACACAGCGGACGGAAAAGAGGUUGUAGGCGUGUGCAGCCGAGAGUACAUCCCCAAGGGGACCCGCUUCGGACCCUUGGUAGGGCAACUCUACACAAGCGACAGUGUGCCCAAGGACGCCAACCGCAAGUACUUCUGGCGGAUAUACGCCGAUGGCGACUUCCACCAUUUUGUGGACGGGCUCGACGAGUCUCGCUCCAAUUGGAUGCGCUACGUCAACCCGGCCCACUCGGCGGCCGAGCAGAAUGUGGCGGCUUGCCAGAACGGCCUGGACGUUUACUUCUACACUGUCAGGCCCGUGCCGGCCGGCGCAGAGCUCCUGGUGUGGUACUGCCUCGACUACGCUCGUAGACUACACUACCCGCCAUCCGGGGAACUCAUGAUGCAGAAGCUCAAGCAGUCACUGUUGGAGGUGAAGCAGCAUCAGGCGUCGGACCCCUCACCUCCCCCCACCGUCACCCCUCAGCCCCCCAAGCGAGAGCACAGUGUCCUUUCCAUACUACGGGACGUCCCCAAAAGUGAGCCCAGCUGCCCACUGCCCACACGCCCACGUUGCGCCUACAGCCCAGAGCGUCCCUUGUACCCGCGCGCCCUCUACCCAGCCCUUAGGGGGCACCCGGAGGACUUCCUCCUCAAGGUGGGCACUCUGGGUUACCCCCGAUCCCCCGGCGACCAAUCGUCAGCCACGCCCAGCCCGUCGGCGAGGAGCAGCCCGGAGAGCAGCCCCCAGGGAAGCCCGUCUGCACCCUUCUACCCGGGUGGACUCGGGUCAUACCACAACUACUCGCCGUUACCCGCCGCUCCGCUAUCGCCUUUCUACCCCCCAGGGGCGUCCUACUCUCGCUACCUCCUGCCACAUCACUACCCAAUACCCGGGGGCGGCGUCUACCCCAGGAUAUACCCGCUUUAUCUGCCGCCCCAUGUUCCGCUCCUGCCCUCGGACGCAGCCGGGCGUCGCUUUGUGAUGUCUGAGGCCGCCCACCCCCCACGGGACUUCAUCCUACCAGCGCCCACUAGCGCCUUCUCAGCCACCGCAUCCUUUAAGGACAAGGCAGCUGUGCACCGUCCUUACGCCGGGCACCACUCUCCGUCCACCGGAUCCCCCACCGCAGGGGGACCCAGCGAACGGUCGCCCGUCAAGAUGUGCGACUCAGAUGAGGAAGCAGUGAACCUGGUGAAGGUGAAGCGGGGUAUCGGCUCAGCCGGCUACAAGGCGUUGCCCUACCCACUCCAGAAGCACAACGGGAAGAUCAAAUAUGAAUGCAACGUCUGUACCAAGACCUUUGGACAGCUUUCCAAUCUCAAGGUCCACCUCCGCGUCCACAGUGGCGAGCGACCGUUCAAGUGUCAGACAUGCAACAAGGGCUUCACGCAGCUGGCCCACCUGCAGAAACACUACCUGGUCCACACAGGAGAGAAGCCGCACGAGUGCCAGGUGUGCCACAAGCGCUUCAGCAGCACCAGCAACCUGAAGACACACCUGCGCCUUCACUCGGGCGAGAAGCCGUACCACUGCAAGCUGUGUCCGGCCAAGUUCACGCAGUUUGUGCACCUCAAGCUCCACAAGCGCCUGCAUUCCCGUGAGCGCCCACACAAGUGCCCGCAGUGCCACCGUCACUACAUCCACCUGUGCAGCCUGCGCCUCCACCUCAAGGGCUACUGCCCAGUCGCCGCCCCCCACCCCGCCGCCGCAGACGAGGUCCAACGCGCCAACGAGGAAAUCGAACGCUUCGAUAUGAGCGAGCACGCCGAGCAACUGGAGAGGCUCCGAGGCGGAGCCGAGUUGGACGCCAUCCUAGAGAAGCAGGUUCUGGGAACGGCGUGGCGCCAGACCUCGGUUAUUAAGGUGCGGUGCGAACUUGCCGUCAAGCAGGAGGCGGACCCUUGAGGGAGGGAGGAAGUGGGACCGACUUCAGGGACUUGCUACUCAGGGCUCAAAUUUGACAAUCACCCUACUAAGGUCCCCAUUUCCACACUUUAAUUUAUUAGCUGGUGAUGAUGUUUCCAGAACAUUCUUCAGGGUUUACAAGAAUGAUUCCACAAUUUGACUGUGUCCCUUUACUACUUAAUUUAAACGACAGGAACAAAGGGCGAGUGUGUGCGUCGCAACAGUUACCUCAGAGUGCAUGUGAACGUGCGUGUGAGAGUGCAUGUGUGUCAAGGGAAAGGCUGAAGAAGACAAAAACUUUUUUCUAUUUAUUUACUCUUCGGCUACUUGAAGAAGAAGAAACGGAAGUGGAGCGCAGCUUGGCAACAUGUAGCACCUGUUUUGUCAUUUUGUUUUGUUUGUGUUUUUGAUAACGAUGACACUGUCAGUGAUGUGGAUGUGACACUCCAAACCAAAGUUGACUGCAUGGACUUCCGGAAUGCAAAAAGCAGGAAGAAUGUGAAGAAGGGACUUGGAUUUGAUUUUAUUUAUUGUAUUCUUCAUAUGAAUCUUAGGGUAUUUCAUUUGACCUAUGAGGACAUUUUCGGGAAGACGGACGUGACACUCAGAACCAAAGUUGACCAGACUUCCAAACGCAAGACGUCCUUUCACAUUGUGUUGCUUUUAAGUUUUAUGUUUGUUAUGGGUUGUUUCCAUUUCAUAUUUGUAAUAUUCACAUUUCACUUCAAUUUUACCUUACAAAAAUGUUUUUUUUUUUUACAUUUAAUGAAUACGGUCUGUGACACUCCAAACCAAAGUUGACGGGACUUCCCAACUGCAGAACUAUAAGAAGGGAUUUUUUAAAAAUGAAUUUCAUUUAAAAAAUUUUAAUACUAACUUUAA